AUGGGACUUCAUUCCAUGAAGAAAUACAUUGUUGAAUCCCUAGCUUUGGGAAUCAUUCACCCAUCAUCAUCCCCAACAGGAACUGGAUUCUUCUUAGUGGACAAGAAAGGCAGGCCGCUGCACCCAUGUAUUGACUAUCGAGAUAUUACAGAAAAGAACCGUUACCCCCUACCGCUAAUCUCCUCUGCCUUGUCUACCUUACAAGGUUGCAAAAUCUUCACUGAAAUAGACCUUCACAAUGCCUAUUACUUGGUGCGGAUUCGAGAGUGGGAUGAGUGGAAGGCCACCUUUAAUACCCAAUCCGGUCACUAUGAGUACCUGGUGAUGAUAUCCAAGUUAGUGUAUGUAUACCUGGACGACAGCUUCAUGUUCUCCCGGACCCCUGAUAUGCAGCAGACUUGUGCAGCAGCAUUGAAUGACAUGCAGGCUGCAGCUUAUGACAAGGCCCUGAUUGGAUGGAAGCCAGAAGAGGCCCGUCCUGAGGGAUCCAGUGAGGAGCUGGGCGGCGGGUUUGUCAGGGGAGACGAUUGUCCGCUGGGGGAGUUCCCGUGCGGUAACCUGUCGGUGUGCCUGCCCCAGCCCCAACACUGCAACGGCGUGCGGGACUGCGCCAACGGAGCGGACGAGGAGAACUGCGUUGAUAACAGUGGAUGGCCUCACCUUUUUGAUGCGUUUCAGAAGACAAAUGUCCAAAAGUCAAAAGACUGCUUGCUGGAUGUGUUUCCUGAAGCCUGCCACUGUGAGGACAGGAGGGUGAACUGCAACAGCAGAGGGCUGAAGGAUGUUCCAACCUUGUCCUCCAAUGUCACUGCGCUUGAGCUGAAUAGCAACCAGAUAACAUCCCUUCCUCCAGACCUGUUCAUUCGAUACUGGAAUCUGGAGAGGCUGCACUUGCAAAAUAACAGCAUUAAAUCAGUAUCCGAACGGGCUUUCUCAGGACUCUACCACCUGCGCAGACUAUUUCUCAGUCAGAACAGGAUCACCAAGCUGAAGACAGGAGUUUUCAGAGAUCUUCACAGCCUGGAGUGGCUGAUACUGGAAGACAAUGAGAUAUCUUCUAUUGGACAGAAGUCAUUCAUAGGUCUGCGUUCAUUGUUCUUCUUAUCCCUGCUGAACAACUCACUGGAGCGUCUCCCAAAGAAGUCCUUCUGCCGCGAAAUGCCCAAGCUCAAUUGGCUGGAAAUGGAAGGUAACAGGAUUUCCACCUUACUGAGCUCCAGUUUCCAGGACUGCAGUGCCCUGACUGUCCUAGCUCUGCGGAGGAACCAGCUACAGACGAUCGAAGAGGGGACGUUUUCUGCAACGCAGAGACUUAUAGACCUGGACCUGUCGGUAAACAGAAUACUGGAACUUCCCCCGUCUCUAUUUCGAAAUCUGCAAAGCUUAAAGCAGCUGAAUAUUUCAAACAACCCUCUGACUCAUCUUUAUGAAGACCAGUUUGACAGUUUCAUCAAUCUUCAGUCAUUGGGGAUGGAGGGAGUUGAAAUCCCAAAUAUUAGCAUUCGGAUGUUCAGAUCACUCAGCAACCUUUCUCACAUAUACUUUAAGAAGUUUGAGUACUGUGGCUACUCGCCAAAUGUGCGGAGCUGCAAGCCCAACACGGACGGCAUCUCCUCCUUUGAGAACCUGCUGGCCAACAUCAUCCUGCGUGUCUUCGUCUGGGUGGUGGCCUUCGUCAUCUGCUUCGGCAACGUUUUCGUCAUCUGCCUGCGCUCCUGCUUGGCCUCAGACAACCGGCACCACACCAUGUCAAUAAAGUCUCUGUGCUGUGCUGACUGUCUGAUGGGGGUGUACCUGUUCUUCAUCGGGGCCUUUGACAUCAAGUACUGUGGCGAGUACAACCGCCAUGCCCAGAUAUGGAUGGAGAGCCUGUCCUGCCAGUUGAUCGGUUCCCUUGCAAUGCUCUCCACUGAAGUGUCGGUCAUGCUGUUGACCUACAUGACCCUGGAGAAGUAUGUGUGCAUUGUCUUCCCCUUUCACAACUACCGGGCGGGCCGCAAACAGACCCUAACCACGCUGGUGUGCAUCUGGGUGCUGGGCUUCAUCAUCGCAGUCAUCCCCUUCUGGGACAAACAGACGUUCGGGAACUACUACGGCCGAAACGGAGUCUGCUUCCCCCUCCACUCUGACCUCGCAGAGAAGCCGGGAGCACGCUGCUACUCCACCGGGAUAUUCCUCGGUUUGAACCUCUUUGCUUUCGUGAUGAUUGUCUUCUCCUACACCAGCAUGUUCUUAUCCGUACGCAAAACCGGUGCCAAAACAGCACGCCAAAGCGCCUUCGAUCAAGAGGUCACCAUCGCGAAGCGCUUCUUCUUCAUCGUGUUCACGGAUGCCCUUUGCUGGAUGCCCAUAUUUCUACUCAAAAUCCUGUCGCUCUUACAGGUGGAGAUCACAGGUACCAUCAUACUAUGGGUGGUCAUCUUCAUCCUGCCCAUAAACAGCGCCUUGAAUCCUAUCCUGUACACCAUGACGACCACGUCCUUCAGGGGGCGCCUCAAACUCUGUCUCCAGAUGAAGUGGCAGCAGCUGGCGAUGAAGGAGACCUCUCACGACAUCGGCAUGAUCUACAAGCACAGCACCACUGUCACAAGGUCAUCGUGAACAACGCACACCACCACCACCCCCUAGUCACAGGAUGGGGGAAAUGAGUGUUUCCAUGGUCCGCGCGCGCACACACACACACACACACACACACAUAUACACGCACUGCUCAGCUCCUGUGCGUACCUGCCCUGCGGAGAGACAGCAGGCACAGGUGGGGGGAAUACGAGUGGUAUUCAGUGUGCUUUAAGGUCGCAAUUUCUCAGGCAUUGGGUGAGAGAACUGGAUUCUGCUGCUUUCUGCUGACUGACUCGUGCUGCGACAAAGGUCAGCAAGAUUGCACAGUGCUGUCAGCGUACGAAGCCAGCUCACCUCCCGACUGGGCCCCUCAUUCUAGAAAGUUCCAGUCAGAGCUGGAGAUGAGAGGUGGUCUGGUCAAGGGGUGUAGACUGCAGCAGCAUGUGCUGUGCUUGUGUUUGUUUUGUUGUGAUUACCUGAUGUGCGCUCUCGUGCCCUGUCCGUUCCAUGCCUUACUCACAACUGUCAUGUGUAAAGCGCUAAAAUGGCUGAACAAGGUUGAACAAGUAACAUCAUUUCUUUAAAGAGGAUAAUAUACACGUAAUGCUUUUAUCGAUUUCAGUUCAUUGUAAUAUGACAUAUUUUGAGAAUUUAUGACAUCAUUUUAAGAAAUACUAAAAGGGAAAAAAUAUUUAAUACCAUUGAGGUGAGGAUCCUGAAAUUGUGAAAACAUUAAAAACAUAUUUUCUUAUGGGGAAAAAUCUGUGUUCUUUAUGUAAAUGUCCUGGAGGGCACGUAUUUUCAGCAUUAGGGGUGCUUUUGAGAUGAAUGACCACACAGAGCUCCAGUAAGAUUUGUCCUGCUGCUUUUUCAGUGACUGCUGUGCCAGUUGCGGAAAUUGCCAGAACGAAUGUUCAGAUGUGUUUUCUUUGUGUUUAAUGCAGAAAGAUACCGGCAGAGUAAAUAUCCAUGGGGUGAGCGUGAUUAAGGGUACUGUUCAUUCCAUCAAUAUCAUUUCUGUGUAUAUUACUGGGCACUCAUAAUGUGACUUUCCAAGAGA